AUCAAACACGAUGACGCGAUGACACCCGGGCCGUAGAAAUAAGAAAUAGUAAUAUUAGUAUAUAUAGAUUAUAGUAGAUAGUCGUGCAUCUAUGCAUUUCUGGGAUGGCACAUGUUUCAUUGAACGCAGAGUAUGAAGCCAGAGAGCCGCUUCUAGCGGCUGUAGACGAAAGUGAACAUGAAGAAGGCGUCCCGCGGAGUGGCGGUCGCGAGAAGCCCGAGAGCGGCGUGCUGAGCGCGCGUCACACGUUAGCCAUGAUGAUGUUCCUCGGCUUCUUCAAUGUCUACGCGCUGCGCGUCAACCUCAGCGUCGCUCUGCUCGCCAUGGUGAACGUCACCAUGCUGGAGGCGGAUCCCGUGAUCAACCAGACGGACGAUUGCCCGUCGCCGACCGACAACGUGACGACGGGCGGCGGCUUCGACGGUGGAACAUUUUACUGGGAUAGUGAAAUUCAGGGUAUUAUACUGGGAUCAUUCUUUUAUGGGUAUAUUUUCACACAGCUGCCAGGCGGACGACUUGCUGAAAAGUAUGGGGCGAAAUGGGUCUAUGGAUUAGGCGUUUUAUGCACAACACUUUUUACCUUCCUAACUCCAUUGGCAGCCAAUACAAAUCAUAAUGUCGCAGCAUUGGUGGCCAGCCGUGUGAUAAUGGGAUUGGGUGAGGGAGUAACGUUUCCAGCCGCACACGCGCUGUGGAGUAACUGGGCACCUCCUCUGGAGAGAAGCAAGCUGAUAGCCUUUUCCUAUGCCGGCUGCCAGCUGGGAACGGUCGUGGCUAUGCCAUUAUCGGGUCUGCUGUGCGAGUACUGGGGAUGGCCGUCCGUUUUCUAUGUGUUUGGUUCAUUGGGGGUGGUGUGGUUUGUCCUAUGGGCAGUACUAAUUAGAAAUUUUCCAGAGGACCACCCUCGCAUAUCAACCAGCGAGCUAAAUUACAUCCAGUCUACCCUAGGUCAAAAAUGCACUAGGAAGUCGACCCGCCCACCAUGGAAAAGCAUAUUCACGUCUCUGCCAGUGUUGGCCAUAUCUGUUGGUCACAUCUGUAACAACUGGGGAUUCUACACGAUGCUUAUAUGUCUCCCCACCUACAUGAAAGAAGUUCUCAAGUACGAUAUUUCAAAGGAUGGAUUUGUGUCAGCUCUGCCCUAUUUGAUGUCGUGGAUUGUAAUGAUCUUGUCUGGAUUCCUUGCUGACUACCUGCGAGAGAGGGACAUACUCAGCACUGUCUCUGUUAGAAAGAUCUGGAUGCUUAUAGGUACACUGAUGGGCAUAACUAAUACCUUGGCAACUCUACCUGGCAUAUUCUCUCCUCUGGUUGUUGGAGUAUUGACAGCAAAUCCAAGCCGGCACCAGUGGCAGAUAGUUUUCUACAUAGCAGCAGCUGUAUACACUUUUGGCUGUUUGUUUUUCCUGGUAUUUGCCUCUGCGACAGAGCAGGUCUGGGCCAAGGGAACACCAGACCCUAGCCUCGACAAUGUGAUAACUCCAGAUGGAGAAGUGCGCAAUGAAAGGUUGCUUAUCCAACACAACAGUUGUCAUCUGGAUUGAAGAGCUAUGACAAUCUAAAUAUUGCUCAAGCAUUCCUAUAAGCAUUGCAGUGCAGUGCAGUUUAUAGCAGUUCCUAUUGCUAUAUCUAUAUUUGUCUCGUGACUGACGAGAAAUUGCUUUUCCAUCUCCAGAUCAACUAUGCACAAUGUGUUUUCAAUCAAAGUUGUAUUCAUGGUUGUUGAUACCUAAUUUGGUUUCAUCUUUGUACAUAUAUGUAGUAACGACAACCAUGAGAGCGAGUUAAACAGAGCACAUGUUCCGUAAGCCAGAUUCUGUGAGACAGAUAUAUAUUUUUGUUGUGGAUAAUUAUUAAUUGUGAUAACGGUAAUUAUUAGAUCUGAUUUACACAUCUACGAUACAUGUCAAGCAUAUUGUUUAUUAUUAUUAUAUAAACUAUCAUGAAUUUAUUUACACUUCAGUUGAGUCAAUUCACCCACGUUAGUUGUAUCAUGAAGUUAUUUGCGAAUAUACUGUUUUGUUAAUGUACUAAGCAUCCCAUUCAAAUUGUAACGUACUGACUAUAGCACAAGCUAUGGUCGCAUGUGACGUGAGUUUUGAGAAGUGAUCACUUCAUGACAGAGGUGGCAGUCAAGACUUUUGUUGAGUAUAAUCUCAUAGACAUCCUAUAAAGAGCUAAUAAUACCUUAGAGUUAGCUCUUGAUCCUAUUCGUAAGAGAUGACCGAGCAGUUCGCUCAUGAUCACCUGUUGUGAUUUCACGGCCGAACUUACCUGGUGUUGCUUUGACUCUCUGAAGCUAUGGUAUUACAUAUCAACUAGAGUGAUACGAAACUAAAAGGGUUGGGUGCUGGGUGGAUUGUGUAGUUAUUGCAGGUGUAAAUUAAUGUGGUUUUUUUUAAAUUAUACGCUGUUGGGUUAAAUAUUAUUAAUUAUAAAUUUGUUAUAACUUGGUGUCAGUAUUGACAUUUUAUAAAUACUUUUAAUUGUUUUACAUACUUACAGUAGUUAUCAAAUUU